AUUGCGUUAAAGUGGCUGAAUCCAUUUCUGUUUGCAGCGAAAGAAGCCCACUUUCCUUUCAGGUUUUUACAUUACCAAAUUUCUCCCUCAUCUCACCAUCGCAGCUCUCCUCUUCCUUCUCGCAUCUCCUACUCAGGAACAAUGGCGUUUUUGCUCAACAAAACCACUUUUGCCUCUCAUUUCCGAUCUCAAUCCCAGGUGGAUCCUUCAUCACUCUCGCGCCGUGGAUUCCACGUCGAGCCAGGAACUCGUGAAAAGGCUUUAUUAGCUGAGGACCCUUCUCUAAGGCGGUUCAGAUCACACAAGAAAGGUGUCUCUAGAAUCAAGAAAAUUGGAGAUGUUCUGACCAUUGUGGUUGUUGCUGGAUGUUGCUAUGAAAUCUAUGUAAAAGCAACCAUGCGAGAAGAAGCUCGACAGGCAAAGACUGCUAGCGGAAGCACAUGAUGGAAUUAAGAAUCCAGUGGCAAUUAAAAUGUCCGGCAAAAGUUUCCAAUGCUUUCAUUUGUGUGCUAAAUAAAGGUUGUUUUUGAAGCACCAUUCUGUUAGGUUUUAAUCAUCAAUAAUAUUUUUUUGACCUGAGACUUUGGAUCAUCCUAAGGGAUAACAGGAUACAUUUUUAUCAUUAUGAGCACCUUUUAUAA